GGCACAUGCGCGGUUCCGGCUCGCGCGGGGGCGGGGGCGCCGUGGCUGCACUUCCAACAUGGCGCACGCUGGCGGCGGGGUUCCCGCGGGCCGGGGGCUCGGCGGUGCCCGCUGGGGUCGCUCGGGCUCCGCGGGCCACGAGAAGCUGCCAGUGCACGUGGAGGACGCGCUCACCUACCUGGACCAGGUGAAGAUCCGCUUCGGCAGCGAUCCCGCCACCUACAACGGCUUCCUGGAGAUCAUGAAGGAGUUCAAGAGCCAAAGCAUCGACACUCCCGGAGUCAUCAGACGUGUGUCCCAGCUCUUCCACGAGCACCCUGACCUCAUUGUGGGAUUUAACGCCUUCCUGCCCCUCGGGUAUAGAAUCGACAUCCCGAGGAACAGCCGAAUAAACAUGCAGUCACCUCUGUCGGGCCAGGAGAACGUGCACGGCCAUGGUGACUGCGUGGAGGAUUUGAAGCAGGUGCCAAACAAAGAGGACAAGGCCAUGGCGCCACUAGAGGCUGACUCGGUGGAGUUCAACAACGCCAUCAGCUACGUGAACAAGAUCAAGACUCGCUUCCUGGACCACCCAGAGAUCUACCGCUCCUUCCUGGAGAUUCUGCACACCUACCAGAAGGAGCAGCUGCACACCAAGGGCCGCCCAUUCCGGGGCAUGUCAGAGGAGGAGGUCUUCACUGAGGUGGCCUCCCUCUUCCGCGGCCAGGAGGACCUGCUGUCCGAGUUUGGCCAGUUCCUGCCUGAGGCCAAGCGCUCACUGGGCGGCCGCCUGGUGGGGCCCGCCCCUGACCCCAAGUCCCUGCAGUUCACGGGCGGCGGGCCCUGCGAGGUGAGUGGCGCCCCGAAGAGCGAGCACGAGAAGGGACUGGAGCAUGGCAAGAAGCGCUCUCGGCCCUCCCUGCUGAGGCCUGUGACGGCGCCUGCCAAGAAGAAGGUGAAGCUGCGGGGCACCAAGGACCUGUCGCUGGCUGCUGUGGGCAAAUAUGGGACUUUGCAGGAAUUCUCCUUCUUCGACAAGGUACGCCGUGUACUGAAGAGCCAGGAGGUCUAUGAGAAUUUUCUGCGCUGCAUUGCCCUCUUCAACCAAGAGUUGGUGUCAGGGGCCGAGCUCCUGCAGCUUGUCAGCCCAUUUCUGGGGAAGUUCCCGGAGCUCUUUGCACAGUUCAAGUCCUUCCUGGGGGUGAAGGAGCUAUCGUUUGCACCGCCGCUGGGUGAGCGUGCAGGGGAUGGUGUGAGCCGAGAGAUCGACUAUGCAUCCUGCAAGCGUAUCGGCUCCAGCUACCGCGCCCUGCCCAAGACCUACCAGCAGCCACGCUGCAGUGGGAGGACGGCCAUCUGCAAGGAGGUGCUGAACGACACCUGGGUCUCCUUCCCCUCCUGGUCCGAGGACUCCACCUUUGUCAGCUCCAAGAAGACACCAUAUGAGGAGCAGCUACACCGCUGUGAGGACGAGCGGUUUGAGUUGGACGUGGUCCUGGAGACCAACCUGGCCACUAUCCGAGUGCUGGAGAGCGUGCAGAAGAAGCUGUCACGAAUGGCGCCUGAGGACCAGGAGCGCUUUCGGCUGGACGAUGCGCUGGGCGGCACAUCCGAGGUGAUCCAGCGACGCGCCAUCCACCGCAUCUACGGCGACAAGGCACCUGAGAUCAUUGAGAGCCUCAAGAAAAGCCCUGUGGCUGCCGUGCCUGUCGUCCUGAAGAGGCUGAAAGCCAAGGAGGAGGAGUGGCGCGAGGCACAGCAGGGCUUUAACAAGAUCUGGCGUGAGCAGUACGAGAAGGCCUACCUCAAGUCACUGGACCACCAGGCCGUGAACUUCAAGCAGAAUGACACCAAGGCAUUGCGCUCCAAGAGCCUGCUCAAUGAGAUCGAGAGCGUGUAUGAUGAGCACCAGGAGCAGCACUCAGAAGGCCGCAGCGCACCGGCUAGCGAACCGCACCUCAUCUUUGUGUAUGAAGACCGGCAGAUCCUGGAGGAUGCGGCGGCACUCAUCAGCUACUAUGUGGCACGGCAGCCGGCCAUCCAGAAGGAGGACCAGGCCACUAUCCAGCAGCUGCUGCGCCGCUUCCUGCCUGGCCUCUUCUCCCAGCAGCAGCCGCCGCCACUGCCCGAGCCUGAUGUGGCUGACGAGGGCAGCCCAGCUACAGACUCCAGCAGUGGGGGCAGCCAGCGGAAGAAGUCAGGGCCUGCGCUGCAGGGCGGUGCCUCCGAGGACAAGGACAGGGACAAGGUGUCCCUGGGGGAUGCUCCAGCCCCUGAACCGCUGCUGCCACCGCCCCAGGUGCUGGAUGACGUGUACAGCCUGUUCUUUGCCAACAACAACUGGUAUUUCUUCCUGCGGCUGCACCAGACACUGUGUGCGCGGCUGCUGCGCAUUUACCGGCAGGCGCAAAAGCAGCUGCUGGAGCACCGCAGUGAGAAGGAGCGCGAGACACUGCUGCGUGGAGGCCGGCGCGAAAAGGGCGGGGACCCAGCUAUGGAGCUGCGCCUAAAGCAGCCCAGCGAGGUAGAGCUAGAGGAGUACUACCCUGCCUUCCUGGACAUGGUGCGUGGCCUGCUGGAGGGCAGCAUUGACCCCACACAGUAUGAGGACACACUACGGGAGAUGUUCACCAUCCACGCCUACAUAGGCUUCACCAUGGACAAGCUGGUGCAGAACAUCACGCGCCAGCUGCACCACCUGGUGAGCGACGACCUGUGCCUGAAGGUGGCCGAGCUGUACCUGAACGAGAAGCGGCGUGGCGCGGCUGGUGGGAACCUGUCCUCCCGCUGCGUGCGUGCUGCCCGUGAGACUAGCUACCAGUGGAAAGCGGAGCGCUGCAUGGCCGACGAAAACUGCUUUAAGGUGAUGUUCCUACAGCGCAAGGGCCAGGUGAUCAUGACCAUUGAGCUGCUGGACACUGAGGAGGCGCAGACUGAGGACCCUGUGGAGGUGCAGCACUUGGCCCGCUACGUGGAGCAGUACAUGGGCACUGAGGGCACUGAGGCCUCGCCUGCCGAGGGCUUCCUGCUGAAGCCGGUAUUCCUGCAGAGGAACCUGCGCAAGUUCCGGCGCUGGCAGAGCGAGCAGGUGCGAGCCCUGCGAGGGGAGGUGGCGGGACCCUGGCGGCGGCUGCUGGGCGUGGAGAGUGCGUGUGAUGUUGAUUGCCGAUUCAAGCUGAGUUCGCACAAGAUGCUCUUUAUCGUCAACUCCGAGGACUACAUGUACCGCCGUGGCACACUAGGCCGCGCCAAGCAGGUUCAGCCCCUGGUUCUACUGCGCCACCACCGGCAUUUCGGGGCAUGGCACGGACGCUGGCUGGAGGACCACGUGACUGGGGAGGCGGCUGGGCUGGUGCAGGACUGGCUGAUGGGUGAGGAGGAUGAGGACAUGGUGCCUUGCAAGACGCUGUGUGAGACGGCCACUGUGCAUGGGUUGCCCGUCACCCGCUACCGCGUGCAGUACAGCCGCAGGCCCGCCUCACCCUGAGCACUGGGUCCUGGACCCAGCCUGGCCCACUGCAUCAUCACUGCAGGGACCCUGGGGCGACAGGCAACGCCCCUGCCCUGAGCACAUGUUCCUGCCCGUCAUAUCUACGGCUGCAACCUGAACAGCUCUGGCCCAGCUUCCUGGCCUCUACUGCAGGGGACAGGGUGCCCAGCUGUCACUGUCCCCAGAGCCUGGAUCAGGAUUGGGGCCUGGGCCCUGAGGGCAGCCCCCCUGCAGAGCUGUGCCUGCCUGGUGCUCGCCCGGCUCCUGCAAUACCCCAUUGGCCCCUGAUGCCUGGGAGGAGCCGGAGCCUGCCCUGCAUGCUCCUCAGCGCCCUUACCUUGAGUUUCUUUUGGGCCUUGAGCCCCCCACAGCUGUAUUGGAUGUAGCCCUCCUUUUCUAUUUAUUUGCACAUUAAAGAUUAACAUGAACAGAA